AAUGAUCUUAGAUCUUAUUCUGCUUGCGAGAUUCAAACAGAUGAGAUGUAUUUCGUAUUGUUUCUCGCAAAAAAGUUUUUCUAGUAGAGUGGUUUAAGUAAUAGCUACGUCGAUUAUUUUUAAUAUUUUAACAAGCGAUACAUAAAAUGAUAGUCUUCGCAUAACAAGAAAAACAAUCAUGUCGCAGUUAUAACGUUUAUUUCACAAAACAAAACCCAUCAGUAAUGCAUCAACAAAAUCGUUCUUCAAAUGGGAAAAAACAUGUUAUAAUACCAACAUCAAGUGCCAACAGUACGAGCCAGCCAAUUAAAAAUUGUGUCGGAGGCAAGAGCAAUAAACCAGUAAAUAACAGCUUAAAUAGUAAACAUAAAUUAGGAUCAUCAAAUAAUAAUUAUCUUCAUCACCCACAUAAUCAAAAUGGUAAUAUAAACGGAAGUGGUUUUAAUACUGGUAAUAACAUUAAUAACAACACCUAUAGCAUAAAUAACAAUGGCGGGGCAUUGGAUUCAUUACCUAAAGCGUUUGUGACUUCAAUGAAAACUUUAUUUGAUAUAUUAGACGAUCAUCAAACUGGUUAUGUUAAACUUGAAGACAUAGAAAGAGGUUGGCAAGAUGACGGUUCAAAAGGUUUACCCCACGGAGUUAUUGAUUCUUUAAGAAAAGUUACACCUUUAAAUGGUUUAUUAAGCUUUGAAAGAUUCUGUGCUGGUUUGAAAAUUUGUUUACUUCGAAAUCAAGCGACAACAAAUAUUAAUAGUCAUUCAGCAAAAAAUAAUAUUAGCGAUCAUAGUAAUAAUCGAAGACUGUCAAGUGACAAUAUUUUGGUUAAUAACAGUAUUAGUAAAAAGAGUAGUAAAGAAUACUCCCCGAACUCAUCACCAAAAGUAUCAUCAAUAAGGCCUCCUUCAGCUCCACUUCUAGAUAUUGAAAAUCCUGUUCCUAAUAAUCAAUGGAAUAGUAACACGGCUACAGUCAGACCAAUGCCUGGUCAAAGAGCCUUAAGCUUACCACAAUUAAGUCCUGGAGAUAGUGAUGAUCUGGAAGUUUUACCACCACUAGAUUCCGUUGAUCCUUUAAUGUCGAUACAUCCACAAUCAAUCAUUCAAGACUUAUAUGGUGGGGCUCCACCAAAACCACCGCGGACUGGUCUAUUAUCAACACAUAAUUCCAACGGAUUAAGUACUGGAAUCGCAAAUCCUGGAUCCAAUGUUAUAAAUUUGGCUUCAACCACAACGAAAGCAUGUGGAACUAUUGGAAUUGAUAAAGCUGAAAUACGUAGUGCUUUGCAAAAUUGGCAAAUGGGCAUCUUAAUGAGUGAAAUGGAAUCGAAAGAUAAAUGGCGCCAUGAUCUUAACACAAACAAUCACUUUCCAAGAGGAACAGCCGAUGGAGGCUCUACAGAAAUGUCAAAUAACAUAGGGUUGAUUAGGAUAGGUCCUCAGUCAUUGCCGUCAGUUGAAGUAUCACCAAAUCAAAUAUAUCAAAAGAAAACUAAUUCGAAAAGACGCGAACCAAGACGUCAUACUUUGCAAAACGGAAUUGAUUAUAAUUUACUUAAACGACUUAAACAGUAUGAAGAAGAAAGAGAUCUGCUUUACCAAGGUUUUACAGCCAUAGAAAAAGCUCGAGAAUGGUAUUUACAACAAAUAGGAAACGUACAAGAAAAAAUAAGAUAUUUAGGAAGAAUGGGUUCACAUGUGGAACAGUGGUCUGAAGUCCACCAAGAGCGCUUAGAUUUUCAGAAAGCAAGAGUACAAGAAAUUAACCGGCAUCUGUCAACUUUGGCAGAUACAUGGGAAAGAGGAGGUUUUCCAAUGCACAUGAAUUUGGCUGUUUCUAAUGGAAGCACUACAAGAGCGACAAGAGGUGUAUUAGUUCGAUCAAUAGAGAAGGAUUAACGCUGCUCUAGCUUCAUUUCAGAAUAUUUAGAAACAAAGAUUGUGAACCAGGAACAAUUAUGUAUCUUAGUUUGUUAUACAAAAACAUGGAUUUCUUUUUAGUUUUUUCGCAAAGUAUCUAUUCCGAACUUAUGUCAUUUCGCCGUGCUAAAUAAUACGUCUGCGUUAUACAUUAUGAAAUAUAUUAAUGGAAUAUUUCGGGUGCGAUCUAGCAAAAAUUAAUCACCUUUUAUUGGCCAUAUAUGUAUAUUUUUAGAAAUAAAUUUUUAUUUUUAAAUAA